AUGGAAGUCCUCCCUCGUACCUUGUCGCGCUCCGAGCCGCGCUAUCAACACCGGCCCAACGCUAAGAUGCCGCCCGCAGAGCCACGCUUACUGGGCAUCCCUCGGGAACUGCGAGACCAGAUCCUGCGGGAGUACAUCGAUCUCCACUGCGCCUAUUAUCCACUGCGCCACAGCUACCCUCACGAAGUGACCAUGAGCAAAGCACACAUGCUCAGCCUCUUUGUCCCAGAUGGCUCGAGUGGCUGGACCAGCCCGGCCAUGAACAUCUUACUCGUGAACAAGCAGAUCAAAGACGAGUUCCUAGAUGCUCUGUGGGCUCACACGCAGAUCAUCGCUGUCGACUACUAUCCUAUAAUCGAAGACAACGAUGCACUAGUCCACUGGAUAAAAGAGCUCGACGGUCAUCUGAAGAAAAGGUACGGCAUCCCGUCAUACCAGUGCAACCAUAUCCAGAAUCUCGAACUCCAGCUCGACAUGGUCGUCUCAUUGCGCGACAAUCUAUCCAUAACCGUCUGUCGCGACGUCUGCUUGGCCUACAUCCGCAUUCUCCUCAUGACUUUCCCUGCCGCGCGGAAUUUAUCCAUUGCGCUCUUCCUCAACAAGGCCUCGUACAUGUCUGGAAAUGUGAUUAAGAGAAUCCACCUUCCACACCUGGGCGAACUGAGAGACAAAUUUCGGGACAGCUUUCUGGCUCUCGAUUUGUACUCGCUUCCGGCCUUGGAUCGCUACUUCACAUCUCCGUGUCCAUCGCUGGCCACCGUCAACAGCUUCAUCAAGACUAUCCUUAGCAGGGACACUUUGCCCGCUCUUACGCUAUACAAGCAAGUCGACACGCUGGAUUGGCAAGCCGGCAAGGUAAAGACGGUCGCACAGGUCGCUCGUGAUCCUCUGUUCUGGUCCACCAUGACGCACAGCCACAAGGCGUGCCGGAGGCUUGGUCUCGAUUAUCACGUCUUGCGUUCUUCUUACAACAUGAAGAAGGGGAACGCCGCCGACUUCCGUUUGCCUGAGUACGAAGCCAGUUUAUACUGCAGGCGCCUUCAGGACCUGGAACGAGCAUAUGCGGCUUGGGAGCACCGUAGCAUAUCGUCGGAGACGGCUACGCGUAAACGCGAAACGACGGAAGAUGAGGCCGAGGAGGCUCUGGAGAGCGCGGCAAGCCCCUCUACGAAUUAA